GAUGCGCCAGUUUCGCACAGCAUGAUUGCAAACAACGUUACAUAAAAUUUAAAGCCAAAAUACCGGUAUAAAUAAUCAGAAAAGUUCUCAAAGUUUUUAAGUUACAAAUUAAAAGUAUUUAGGUCUCUCACUAACAAUGUAACAUGUGGUACAAAGAUGUUCCUGAAACGUUACCUCGCGCAUCACAGCAUUACAGUCAGCCGUUAUCUGCUGGGGGGAGAUAAACUUCGCAAUAGUUCAUCUGCAACUACGCAAUUAUCUCCUCCUUUGUUGGGCGGCGGUCAUGUUCGGUGGAUGUCCAGCACUAGUUACGGGGAACCAGAAUCCCUCAAACGAGAUGACCCAUCGGUUCCAGGCUCCACCUGGUCACUGUACAACAUUCGGAAGGUGCUGAAAGCAUCGACUGCGGAAACUACUGAGGGGUUCGCUUGCAUUCAGACGAGUUGUCCUGUUUGCCACAUCACUCCCGGGGAAAGUCCAUCACCAGGAACAGCCAUCAAGAGGGAAAACAUUUACAUCAACAAAACGACUGGCAAUUUCACCUGUUCGGCCUGCCAAUAUUUAGGAAGGUGGGAUCAUGUUGAAAAGUUUUUCGUUUCCAGCAGCGGAAAAAGUUAUGGCGGCAAAACUAUACAGGAAAUCCGCAAAUUGAGGGAUGCUUUUUUGGAAGCCAAGAAACAAAACGUGAAGCCAGCAGUAGAAUUUCCUUCAGGCUUGGUUGAAGUGGAUGAAACUAUUGCCCCAAAAGUUUGUCACAAAUUAGGAUUAAAUAAUAUUCCUCCAGCAAGCCUUUUGGCUAUCUCAGCCAAAUGGGAUUCCAAAGACGAAAGCUUAUAUGUGCCUCUAAUAGAUGUAGAAUCAAAAAUGGUUGGCUACAAGGUACUCAGUGUGGGACCCCAGCCCUACGGCAAUGGACUGGUCGAAAGAACGGUACCCGAAAACAACUGUUCCGGAUUAGUGUAUCUGAAAUGCUCUACCUCGCACUCAUUCAACAUCGCCAAACCAAAUUCCAAAGAACAUACAAGCGCCAUUCUAGUAUUAAGUAUCAUAGAUUUGCUGGCCCUGAGUACGGCAAAAAUUAACGCAACUGCCAUAUGUCUUCCGCAUGAUCUGAAAGCCCUUCCCCAACAGUGCCUACCUGGGCUGGAACGCUUCCAAAAACUUACCCUCUGGUUCAAUUACGACACGGCUGGGUGGGAUACUGCUCGGAAUUACGCCAAAAAAUUGGACGAACGGCGGUGUACCUUUGUAAGACCGACAGACGCUCAUCCAACACCAGCAAAGGCGAUAAGCCAAGGCCAGGACCUGAAGACAAUCUUCUCUAAGGCCCAACCGAUUCUGCACCAAUCGAUAACGACUUUUCACUCGCUCAGACAGGAUGUUCUGAGUGAUUUGCAGAACAUUGACAAAGUUCAGGGGGUCAAGUGGAAGCGCUAUCCGACUUUGAACAAACUUCUCAAAGGUCACAGAAAGGGAGAGCUCACUGUACUGACGGGACCAACUGGUUGCGGAAAAACAACAUUUAUGUCCGACUACUCUUUGGAUCUGGCUCUGCAAGGAGUUUCGACGCUGUGGGGAUCAUUCGAAAUCAGAAACACUCGAUUGGCGUCCACCUUACUGAGACAGAUGGCUGGACAACCGUUAGAUGUGAACCUUGCGGAAUUCGAUUAUUGGGCUGAUGAAUUUGAACGGUUACCGCUCUAUUUUAUGACGUUCCAUGGGCAACAACCGAUAAGAGUGGUGAUGGAAGCUAUUGAACAUGCCCAAUACGUUCACGAUAUUCAGCAUGUUAUUAUCGAUAAUCUGCAGUUUAUGAUGGGCGUUUCCGAGGAAAGUAUGAAGCAUUUGGAUCGGUACUGGAAGCAGGACGCAAUCAUUGCCUCCUUUAGAUCGUUUGCAACCCGCAAAAAUUGCCAUGUAACAUUAGUGAUCCACCCACGCAAAGAGCGGGACACAGACGAACUGACCACGAGUUCAAUUUUCGGAGGAGCCAAAGCUUCCCAGGAGGCUGACAAUGUACUAAUCAUUCAGGACAAACGGUUGACCUCGGUGCGAGGAAAAAAGUACCUUCAAGUGGCGAAAAAUCGUUACAGUGGGGACCUGGGCAUAAUGCCUCUCGACUUCGAUAAAUCUAGUUUAAGCUACGCACAGCAGAAGAGGAAAAAGUCAGAACCCACGCCGGAAGAACUAAUCAAACAAAGUGAUAAUUAAUGAGGUUGAUUCACUUUAUUACCAUGUAUUUACUUUCUUUUGAAGUAUGUUAUCAAAGUGCAUUUUGAAGGUAUGGAAAAUUAAAAUAUAGAAUGUUACUAAUUAUACG